UUUCACAUUGUGUGGGUGUUUUUAAAAAUGGCCUCUUUUUUUUUGACUCCUCAGAAAACCAGACAAACAAAACAAUAGAUGCUUCUGUUAAUAAGAAAGCAGCUGAUAGCACAUCACAGAGUGGAAAAGCCACAGGCAGUGAUUCAGGUGGUGUCAUUGAUCUCACAAUGGAUGAUGAAGAGAGUGGAGGUUCACAAGACCCUAAAAAGCUAAACCAUACUCCUGUGUCAACCAUGGGUCCUUCUCAGCCUGUGUCUCGACCAUUGCAACCCAUCCAGCCUGCACCACCUCUUCAGCCAUCUGGGGUGCCAACAAGUGGACCAUCUCAGACAACCAUACAUUUACUACCUACAGCUCCAACCACCGUGAAUGUAACACAUCGUCCAGUAACUCAGGUGACCACAAGACUCCCUGUACCGAGAGCUCCUACAAACCACCAGGUGGUUUAUACAACUCUCCCAGCACCACCAGCUCAGGCUCCCCUGCGAGGAACUGUCAUGCAGGCUCCUGCUGUUCGGCAGGUCAAUCCCCAAAAUAGUGUCACAGUUCGAGUGCCUCAAGCAACUACGUAUGUUGUAAACAAUGGACUAACCCUGGGAUCAGCAGGACCUCAGCUCACAGUGCAUCACCGACCACCACAAGUGCAUACUGAGCCCCCACGCCCUGUGCACCCAGCACCCUUACCAGAAGCCCCACAGCCACAGCGUCUGCCCCCAGAAGCUGCCAGCACAUCUCUGCCUCAGAAGCCACACUUGAAAUUAGCACGAGUUCAGAGUCAAAAUGGCAUUGUACUGUCAUGGAGUGUCCUGGAGGUAGACCGAAGCUGUGCCACUGUUGACAGCUACCAUCUCUAUGCUUACCAUGAGGAACCCAGUGCCACGGUGCCCUCACAGUGGAAAAAGAUUGGAGAAGUAAAGGCACUUCCCUUGCCCAUGGCAUGCACUCUCACCCAGUUUGUAUCUGGCAGCAAAUACUACUUUGCAGUACGAGCCAAGGAUAUUUAUGGACGUUUUGGACCUUUCUGUGAUCCUCAGUCAACAGAUGUGAUCUCUUCUUCCCAGAGCAGUUAAACCUUGGAGCCUUUAUCUCUUCCUCUUUCCGAGUUCCACUUUUUGGUCUUGUUUUAAUCUUGUGCAUGAUAUCCAUUGUAAAAUCCACAUUGUGCAAGAUUUCUUGGACAGAUGUGUAUAUACACUACAUUUGUUUAUAAUCAGAAGUAAAAUAAACAGCCCAUAAAGCAAGAGUCUUUUCCUGGACAAUUGAAGCUUCACGGUUUUGAAGUGUAAAUGUGCACCUUGCUUUAGUUUUAAGGCUGGGGAAUAUGUGUGGGUGUUUAUGUGUGUUUUUCCCUAUUUAUAUGUUUACUGCAGUGGAAUCUCCCAUUUCCAUUCUCACAUUUACCUCUCUUCAAGUAUAAAGUAAGUAGAUCAAGGGAUCCGAGGUAUGGUAUGUAACUGGCAUGAUUCUGCUUCUGAGGGAUCUGUGGGUUCAUAGCUAAAUGAAUCUAAAGGAAAGAAAAAGCAAAAUGGUUAAAUAGUUUAAACUAGGUUAAUUUGAACACAGGAAGGAUCUGUUCAUCUUUUUUCUUUGCUUGGUUGUUAAUUAGGUGAAAAAGAUCUGCAUUGGCCCCUCUUUCCUAAUCUGGCUCUUACAUUUAUUUUGUGCCUUAAAGAUUAACUACUAAAAUAAACAUGACCAUUUAUCCAUUGUUGAUCUUCUCUUUCAGCCUUUUGCCCUUCGUUUCUCCUUCAUCUCUACUAAAUAUAGCACAUUCUCCUCAAGUCAGUUUUAAACUUAACUAAGGCUUUUAGGUAUAUUCUUACCAGUGGCAUCACUACAUUUAACUCUAAAAAUUUGACUGCUCUUUUCUUCUAAGAACAUAAGUGCUUUUUAUCUUUGGUCACUACUUAAAUUAACCGUGUAAAAUGGACCAAGAGAAGAAAGACCAUAGUGUGUAAGAAAAUUGUCCUUCAAACAUAUUUUAGAAUUUAUAUUGCAUACUGUGUUAGAGAUUAGGAAAGCAAUGCUAGUUCACUUUAUCACCCAAAGCGUAGUAUUCUUUCGUAGGUAGUAAAAUUCACAAAAUAUAGUGAGCUAAAAUAUCAAAGGGAAAGCUUUAUUUCCUUAUUAUUCUCCUAUCAUUUUUUUCUGUUUUAACCUUUUAACUUUGUUUUGAUGGUGCCAAGUUUUGUCUGAUUUACCCUCUGUCAACUUUGGACAGAAUUUAAAGUAUAUCCUUUGGGGUUAUUUUAUGUAACAAUUAGAUAAUACUUUCUAUGUGUCUCUGUUCCUGUUCAGAGUUACUCAAAUUCUGUUUAGAUCAUGGAUUUUCAGUAUGAGUGCCAGCUCUACUGGUAUCAGGUAGGUGUUCAAGUGUAGGUAGUUUAGGGCAGGAGAGAUGGGGUAAGUUUGGGGAUGAGAGUAUGGUUGGGAAUAGUUUGGAAGAAAUUCAUGGAGUUUGUGAAAUAGUUUUUCAAGGCAUCUUCCCUUACCAUAUUUGAAUGCAUAUUCCUAUCUUCUCAAAAUAAAUACAUUUUUAAUUUUUCUUGGGGUUAUAGGAGGGAGCUAUCCCUUCUAUUAAUGCUGCUUUGUUUGCAGCUUUGAUGGCUUGUAAUGGGAAGCAUUCUAGCUGUAAAGAAACUCUCAUUAGAGACUUCACCGGUCAGUAUACUGGCACAUUAGGUGUAAAGUUUGAUUGAUGCUGAAGAAAGCCUACAGAUUGCCAAAAUGUAAGUGCUCCAGAACCUUCCUUUCACUUUCAGAAAAUGAGACCACAAUGAGAAAGUUUUCAUGAAUCCAGUUUGCCAACCAACUACGUAGAUGUUACUCAUUCUAGGACUUAUGAUGGUAAAAGAAGUUGUCAGUGUCAUGCCAAUGAAAAUUUUAAAAGGGAGAAACUGAUGAUCUUCUAGCGUAUAUGAACACCUAUCUAUAUCUGCAUGUAUAUAUGUGUUUACCCGCAAUGGUGGCAUUGUUGAUUAUGUGUUCAAGAUCAUUCCUGUCUACAGAAUGGAAAGCCUGUGUUCAAUUAAAGAUGUUCUUUAUUGGCCGGUUUUAUGGUCAUGUGAUGACAAUUUGCUUACCUAGCCUAGAAAAGCUUCCCUUGGUGAAUGUUUUUAUUUAUAUUCACUAAUCAUUUUUUUUAAGCUUUCAUAGCAUUAUAUAAUCAGGUGAAGAAAGCUCAGUAGAAUGAAAAUACUAUUUUAGCCUAUAUUGUGUGUCUUCUGUCAAAGAAAAAAAAAUAAAUUCUCAAAUAGUAACCCUAAAAAUACACUUCCUAUGGCAAAAUAAAACUUUUUAUUCCAGAUGGUGGAAGGAAGGUACAAAGAGAGACUGUAAUUAUUUGAGGAAAGUGUGUAUUACGAGAUGCUUUCCUCAAAUUAGCAUGCCAUGGGAUUUAUAGGCAACAGCUAUAUUGAAUUUACUGAAAACUGCUAGGCUAGGACUAUAGGCAUUUAUUUUGGGCAGGUUUUGUUGAUGAGCUCUGAGUUUGUUUUGUUUCUUUUGAGAGAGAGAAUGGAGGACUGAACUAGAAAUAGCUACUGAUUACAAGACUAUAUUGUAGCAGUUCAUACUCCAUGGUACCUUUUCACAAAGUAUUACAAAUAAGUUUGAUUAUCCCAUUUUGGGAAUGCAAGUUUGUUAACAGUUUUAGCCUGACAGUACUUGUGUAAGUAUUGCCUUAUUGGAAAUCCCGAAAGCUUCUGAUAUUUCCACCUGAAAUAUAGGAUGUUCAUAUGGCAUUUGAAGGUAAUGGUGAUGUUUGUUGCUCUAUGUUUUGCACUUUGUCAGAGUAAUUUUCACCCUGUUUUAAGUGUGAGUAAGCCUCAUUUUAAAAUUAUGUUCUUGCCAGUUAGUUUAUAAAGUACAAAGACAACAUUUCUUGUUAACUGUUAACUUUAUGAGGUAACUAUAUCCCUGUUUCCCUGGACUCGCUUUAAAAUAUGCAGAAUACUGUGUACUGUUUAACACAGUAGAUGUUCAUGAGAGAAGUGAAGAGUACAGCUUUCUUCCUUGAAAAGUGCAUAUUUAUUGGGAUGCCGUUUGCCUCACAGAGAGUGUUCCCCACUCAGCCCACCGCCAUUGCUGGAUAGUAAAUGAAAGAUGGAAACAUGACCGAAAGCAAGGAGCUUAGAAGUUUUGGUACAUCUGUCUGCAAAAUUCCUUAGGCAGGCUGCACUAUACAGUUCUCUUACUGUAUUGAGUAAGUGUUAACUUAGUUUUUAUCGUUUGCUCUUUUGCUUACAUUUUCCAAAUUAUUUAUGCAGCAAGGUGAAUGUUAAUAUUGCAUGAUACGCAUUUACCUUGUUCCAUGGAUUUUCCAGUACUGUACAAGAUUAACAAAAUAAUGCCUGUGGUAUCCUCUUCUCUUCUCUUUGAUACACUGUGAUUUUAGCACAUUAGAGUACUGAAAAGACCUUCCAAGUGUUCUCCCCAACUUUCCUUCUUGGGCUAUUUCAGAAUCAUAUGAUUUAUUCGUUAUUUUAAUUUCAUUGUUGACCGGUCGUUGGCCUGUUUUAUUCUAAUUUCCAGAAAAACCAUGCCCCAAUAUUGGAUUCUUGGAAAUAAUUCUAUUUAAAAUCAGUGCAGGAUUCUGCCUUCCUUACUAUUUACUGAGUGAUGCCCCUCUCCCACUUUUUAACAUUUUUGGACAAACAGAAAGAACAAUCUCAUGAAGUGUUUUCGCUAGUGUGGAGGACUUAGAUUUAAUUCCUAAAAUGCAUUCCCCUUGAGCCAGCCAAAUGGGGAGGAAUGAUAAAACACAUGUUUUGUCUUCUCCAAACAGUUUUAUCAUGCUGCAUAAGUUUGUUUUUUUUUUUGUAGAGUCAGCUAAGUACCCAUCAUUUAUAUUUAAAUGCUGGGGGGGGGAGUGUUUUUCUUUUAGUUUUGUUUGUAAAUAAGGUAACUGGGCAAUCAAACACCUUUUGGGGAUCCUGGCUUCAUUAUUUUCUCCGCUAUUUCAAAAUUAAAUAUAAAAAUAAAUCCUUUGUAGGAAACUUGCAUCCUGAUUUUUCUUUAUUGCAGUUGAAAGUGUAAAUAAUAAGACAAUGUAAGACCUUCCUAAUGUCUAAUACAAACUGGGCUAUAGCAAGUUGCCCUAUUUUUAUUAGGUUUUGAAGGUUUUGUGGGGUUUUUUUUCUUUUUAAAAUGUACAGUAGAGUGGUGUCUGUAUAAGUGUUAACUGUAGUGGGAUUUUGUCCAGCAAGCCUGAAAUUUAUACUUUGAAAUAAACUACUGGGUUUUUAACA